AUGCAUUUACCACGGAGAAGACGGCUACAACGGAACCGAAUCUUUUUCUUCCUUGCCACAGUGUCCCUCCUCUCUGUCUAUCAGCUCCAAUUCAGCCCCUCUGCCAUUCCAGCACUUCUCACUGCACACCAACACGAGGACCCUGUGAAAGUGACCUCCAGGGAGCCUUCCCGCAACAAGACUUCCAAAACCAGCAAUGUCACAGCAGCACCCAAAAUAAGGCACUGUGUGUAUAUUGAUCCUGAGCCAACUGUGCCCAUCGCCGCAGCAGAGGAUACAACACAGCGAGAAAACGUCAGUGAAAGCUACCCAGGUGAAAAGCCCGUGUAUGAAUCCAAAGGAGAAUAUCCCCAGGACCUAUUCAGUGUGGAAGAACGGAGGCAAGGGUGGGUUGUACUUCACAUCUUUGGCAUGAUGUAUGUAUUUGUGGCCUUGGCCAUAGUGUGUGAUGAGUAUUUUGUCCCUGCUUUGGGAGUGAUCACAGAGAAGUUGCAGAUCUCUGAAGACGUGGCUGGAGCCACCUUCAUGGCAGCAGGUGGAUCCGCACCAGAACUCUUCACCUCCCUCAUAGGUGUCUUCAUCUCACACAGCAAUGUGGGCAUCGGUACCAUUGUGGGCUCAGCGGUGUUUAAUAUCCUCUUUGUCAUUGGCACCUGUGCCCUCUUCUCAAGGGAGAUACUACACCUGACAUGGUGGCCUUUAUUUAGAGACAUCUCAUUCUACAUUGUAGACUUACUGAUGCUCAUCCUGUUUUUCCUAGACAGUGUCAUUGAUUGGUGGGAAAGCCUCCUUUUACUGACUGCCUAUGCCACAUAUGUGUUCACCAUGAAACACAACGUGUCUCUAGAGCAAUGGGUGAAGGAGGAGCUGAGCAAGAAGCUAAAUGCUGUGCAGGCAGCAUCAGCAGAGCAUAUGCGAAAGAAAAGCAGUGUGGCAGCUGCAGAGGAUGGAACAACGCCAGCAGAUGGGAAGAAGCUGCAGCCAACAACAGCCUUACAGCGAGGCAGCAGCUCGGCCUCCCUGCACAACUCUCAAAUGCGCAGCACCAUCUUCCAACUCAUGAUCCACACACUGGACCCCCUGGCAGGAGCAAAAUUUAAAGACAGGGUUGAAAUCCUGAGUAAUAUAGCCAAGGUCAAGACUGACUCUCAGGCUGGGCAAGGAACAAAACCAGAAGGUGAGUAAGAGAAGCAGGCACCACAGAAGCCCAUCCAGGUAACUCCUGCCAGUGACUCUGAACCCAGCAAAGACAAACAGAAGGAGAACACACCACAGGAUGGGCAGCCCCCUUCAGACAGUGAUAACUCAGAAGACAGCAGCUCUGACAGUGAGGAUGACAGUGAUGAUGACAGCACAGAUGAUGAAGAAAACGAUGAACCAUUAUCUCUUGAAUGGCCAGAAACCAGGAAAAAACAAGCAAUUUACCUCUUCCUCUUUCCCAUUGUCUUCCCUCUGUGGAGCACGAUACCUGAUGUCAGAAACCCAGAUUCAAAAAAAUUCUUUGUCAUCACAUUUUUCGGGUCCAUCAUCUGGAUUGCAGCAUUCUCUUACCUCAUGGUGUGGUGGGCUCAUCAGGUUGGUGAAACAAUUGGGAUAUCAGAGGAAAUUAUGGGGUUAACCAUACUGGCAGCAGGAACGUCGAUCCCUGACCUUAUCACCAGUGUCAUUGUUGCACGGAAAGGCUUAGGUGACAUGGCUGUCUCCAGUUCUGUAGGCAGCAAUAUCUUCGAUAUCACUGUUGGUUUGCCAGUUCCUUGGUUUCUAUAUUCAGUCUUCAACGGAUUCAGUCCUGUUGCAGUCAGUAGUAAUGGUUUGUUUUGUGCUAUCGUUCUGCUUUUUCUCAUGCUUCUAUUUGUUAUCAUCUCAAUUGCUUUAUGUAAAUGGAAAAUGAACAAAAUACUAGGGCUCACUAUGUUUGCUCUCUACUUUGUAUUUUUGAUCAUCAGUGUGAUGUUAGAAGACAGGAUAAUAUCAUGCCCCGUAUCUGUGUGACAUCUGGGUGCUCCAAUGUGU